CUCGCUGAGCCCCGCCCCCCAGACGUCUUUCUCGGGGGCCUCGCGACACCAGGGUCGUGCGCGGGUUCUCCUGGGAUUCGUAGUUCGCUUCUACUCAAAUCGAUAGUUUUUCUCCAUACUGGGGACUCCAUUUCCCGGCGUCCACCGAGCCGCCCGACCCUUGGCGCUUGCGCAUCUCCCUCUUCCCCACCCUCUCCAGUUUCCACUCCCCCCCCCCAGUCACCCCCCCAACUUAGCCUGCCGCGGUCGGGUCCGCGGCCUGCGCUGUAGCGGUAGCCGCCGUUCCUUAGAAGCCGUAAUCCCCUCCCCCACCCCGGUCCCGUUCCCCGUCCAGAGGCCGACGUGAAGAUGAGUAGUUCAGAGGAGGUGUCUUGGAUUUCCUGGUUCUGUGGGCUCCGUGGCAAUGAAUUCUUCUGUGAAGUGGAUGAAGACUAUAUCCAGGACAAAUUUAAUCUUACUGGACUCAAUGAGCAGGUGCCUCACUAUCGACAAGCUCUAGACAUGAUCUUGGACCUGGAGCCUGAUGAAGAGCUGGAAGACAACCCCAACCAGAGUGACCUGAUUGAGCAGGCAGCUGAGAUGCUGUAUGGAUUGAUCCACGCCCGAUACAUCCUCACCAACCGUGGCAUCGCCCAGAUGUUGGAAAAGUACCAGCAGGGGGAUUUUGGCUACUGUCCCCGUGUGUACUGUGAGAACCAGCCAAUGCUUCCCAUCGGCCUUUCAGACAUCCCAGGCGAGGCCAUGGUGAAGCUCUACUGUCCCAAGUGCAUGGAUGUGUACACACCCAAGUCUUUGAGGCACCAUCACAAGGAGGGUGCCUACUUUGGCACCAAUUUCCUUCACAUGCUCUUCAUGGUGCAUCCAGAAUACCGGCCCAAGCGACCUGCCAACCAGUUUGUGCCCAGGCUCUACGGUUUCAAGAUCCAUCCGAUGGCUUACCAGCUGCAACUCCAAGCCGCCAGCAACUUCAAGAGCCCAGUCAAGACUAUUCGCUGAUUCCCCACCYCGUGUGUCCCUCACUCAGUCUUUGACACUUCCAUUCCUUUGCUGCCACCCUUUCAAGAACCCUCUGGUUUUUAGUUUAAAUUAAAGGAGUCAUUAUUGUGGUGGGAAUAUGAAAUAAAGUGGAAGAAAAGGCCAUGA